AUGUCGAUGCCACAUGAAGGCUACCAGUGUGUCAUCACUGAAUGCAGACAGGAAGACACGGGCAGUGGCACAGGAUUACACAGUAUUCCCAACAGAGAUGAAAUUGAUGUAAAUAACCUCAAGAGCACGAAUAAAGAUACAAGGAGACAGCCACAGCCGUCUGGACAACAGACGGCCAACUGGACAACAGCCUUAAAUGCCAGAUCCCUGGAGGUCACUGAGCUGCCCACGCUGCAGUACAAGCUACUGGAAAUCAUUCUGCUUCUGGGACUGCAGCAGUUUGCUGGCCUGGUCAUCUGUAUCCUAGUGAAGAGCAGUGAUCCCAUACCUCAGAUCCACAUUGUCCACCAGUCCAUCUCCAAAGCCCUGAUGGCCCAUAAACAGAAGCAUGCGGGUGAGGCUUCCAGGAAGGAGACCAAAGCCACCCUCACCCAGUACGACCAGACCCUGCUGGUAGCCGACCCCCACCACUGGGAGUCCAGAGAGUUUGGGGGCCCUGGUGCCCAUGCUCACUACCAGAAAUCCUACCGAUGA